AACCUGGAGACGAUUUCAUUCCUUUUUUCAGCUGACAGUGAACUGGAAACCUGCAAUCUCUCUCCCGAAACAGGACCUUGCAAGGCUGCGAUUCCUCGGUAUUUCUUCAAUCCUCACACUCAUGACUGUGAACGUUUCACUUAUGGUGGAUGUCAGGGCAAUGCAAAUAACUUCAAAACUCUUGAAGACUGCGAAAAGUCGUGCGCACGUAAGAUCGCUAUAAAACUUUGAUCGCUAUAUGUAUAGGAGCUUAUAGGUAAUAGCAGGAUUUGUUGUGAGAUUUGGCAUAAAAUACCACGAGUGAUGUUUCGAAAUUGUUAUACGUAAUUUCACGAGCCGUUAGGCGUGUGAAAUUUGAGACAAUUUUGAAAUAUCACGAGUGGUAUUUAUUAUGCAAAUAUCACUGCAAAUCAUGCUAUUAUUUGUUUAUACUACGAUCCGCAAAGGGUUUGUAAAUUUCACAUGUAGGUAUUUCAAAUUAAGCUGAAAUACCACUGCCCUAAGCCAAUCAAAUUGCAGAAAUUUCUCAUGUAGUAGUAUAAAGAAUGUAAUUUUUCUUAUCUCAAACAAUAAUAUUUCUGCCUCAUUGGUCAUUCCAUGCUGGCCACGUUGUUAAUAGAGAGCAUUAGAUUCUACAGCGAGGACGACUACGCGAACGAACUUUUCUUGAUACUUAGUAGUGCGCGCGCGUGAACUAGGCUGCGUCAUUUUGGCGGGAAAACGCCAUUGCCUUUGACGUUUUGCUACGGGUUUUGACGAAAAUGUCGUAUUGGCAAAAAAUGGUUUUCAAAUGGUAGAAGUUUUAUCAUUAUGCGUUCUUGAGAGGGCUUUUAAGCUAUUGAGGGACCUCCCUCAAUACAAAUAUCCCUCCUAACAUUUCUGGUGCAAAAAGUAAAAUUGAGAUUUAGCGGAUGUCUAUUAGUUUCUGAGAAAAAACGAAAAAACUAUAAGUCAAAUCUCGUCCUCGAAAUUAAAGGUCUCUUUUAACAAUUCCUCAUUUUUAGCUCCUCGAUCAGACGCUGAAGUAGAAAGCUGUAAUCUACCUCCAAAGCCUGGGCCCUGUAAGGCAGCCAUACCUCGGUAUUAUUUGAACCCACGCACCUAUAACUGUGAGCGAUUCAUCUAUGGUGGAUGCCGCGGCAAUGCUAAUAACUUCAAGAAUCUUGAGGAGUGCAAGGCUUCAUGCUUGCGUGAGUAUCUCUGUAUUAUCCGUGUAAAGAUUGUUUUCACUUGACGUCACAGCGGCCAUUUUAUUUGGUGUACAAAUUUGCCUAAGAAAUUACAUAGCUGCUGAACACGUGAGUGAAAACGAUCUAAAAUGUCUUGUCGCAGGACAAAUUGCAAUUUUUCUCUUUUUCUUGCAUGUGUCACUUUCCAUUUAGGGAAACAAAAAUUGUUCUGAAAAGGUAAAAAGUCUGCGUAUUAAUUAAUAAAAAAAGAAAAGUUGCUUUUUACUUGUACAAGUUUAUCCCAAGUUACAUAAGAGGGAAUUAAAAACUCGUGAGGCUGAAAUUUACCUAAAAUUUUUUCAAAAUUUUCAGCUUGAAGGUUUGUUGUCGAGAAUUUCCCACUUUUCAGUAUUACUCGAAACAUUUCUUGCAAAUUUCGCUCAUUUUCUCGCCUUUCGAAAUUCCGGAAAUCUCGAUCAUACAGUUAGCGCCUAAACUAGCAGAAAGUAUCAGUGAUAUGCUCCUACACUGUACGUCUUCUAGGGUGUUGGUAAGAAUGCUCAUGGCCAAGGGGGCGGGAGGGUAAAACUCAGGGUUAAUAACCCUGCUGUAUAAAGAGCCACGUGUUCCUGAAAUCUGGCACUAGGAAACACUGGCCGAGAUCCUUGUUCCGGGUGCUUGACUUACUGCAGUGCCAACUUGAACAGCACGGGUGAAAACCAGUUGCUUAGCCCUGCAGGGAACGCAAGUCAAGAAAUUAUGAAUAGUGAAACCUAGCAAAGGCCUUCUGCGCCUGUAGGCGUGAAGAGUUUGUCUGUGAUGUGUUUCUUACAAGAUUGUGCUGUGUAGCUUCCCUUUCAGACAGUCAAGAGGCAAGCUGCAACCUCCCUCCCGAAAAGGGACGCUGUAUGGCCAUCAUUCAUAGGUAUUACUACAACCCGCGCACUCAUAAUUGUGAACGUUUCAUAUAUGGUGGAUGUCAGGGAAACGCGAACAACUUUGAGACUGUUGAAGAGUGCAAGAUGUCAUGCAUGCGGAAGUGUAUAAUUCUCUGUCUUAAACAAAGCGAUAUAACUUCUGCCUUAACUUGUCGUUCCUAACAAUUUGCGAUGUGCAUACUAUGCAGUUAACCAACCUUAAGUCCCUCCAGUCACCUAAUCAGAAGAAUGCGGCUUUUUAGAGUUUUAUAGGAAAGAAAACUCAGUACAACUCGGUAAUGAAAAGACAAUUACGAUUUCAUUUUAACAAAAAAGCACGACUUUGGAACUUAAAACAUCUUUCUGUUUUGCAUAACAUUUUAUAUAUGUUUUACAUAAUAUUUAUUUAUCUAUAGCCAUGAACUUUUCACCGGAAUUGUUGUCAGUGAUUUAAGAAAUUUGUAUUUGGAACAAACGUCGCCCUUGAUCUCAGAAACGUUAAGAAAUUAAUGAACGCUGAGGCGUUUAAUUGAGUAAGUGCGGAAAUUGGGCCGCAUUCUAGAGACCGCCGACACGGCUGGACGAAAGAUAGGAGAGAAAUCAUUCAGUCGACACUUUUAAAUAAGGUUCUAAAAGCUCUAUUCGAGAAAACAAGCUCGACCUACUAUUUGGCGUUUUUUCAGGCGACAGUGAAAUAGGACACUGCAACCUACCUCCAAAAACUGGACCCUGUAAGGCGGCGAUUCCUCGGCUUUUUUACAACCCACGCACCCAUGAAUGUGAACGUUUCACUUAUGGUGGAUGUCAGGGCAAUGCCAAUAACUUUAAGACACUUGAAGACUGCGAGGAUUCGUGUGCUGGUAAGCACAUAUUA